AUGCCUCUUUUUGAGUCAAAAUUUUUUUAUUGGUAUACGGUGACAGGCGGGGUCUUUGGACGACAAUCUCAACGUGUAGUAUCUGUUCUCGUAAUUAUAUCAAUAAUUUUACAAAAAGUUAUUCUGAUUGAUAGGUCAACGGUGAUUGCGAUACAAAGUUUUGGUGCACUACUUGGAUGUAUUGUUACGCCUUUUACGAUCUCAAAAUUGGGUACAAAACUGACUGUCCUCGUCUUAAAUAAUACGGUGCUUGCUUUAGCCAGUUUAAUUUAUGUAACUGCAAACUCGAACUGUUCUGCAUUUUUAUUAUUUCCCGGGCGAUUACUCAGUGGAGUUUACAUUGGUAUUACAUCUGUAUCACUUCCCAUAAUGAUUCAAGAAUUGGCACCAAAAAAUAUUAAGGGAGCAUUGUCGUGUUUGAUACAUGUUGCAGUUUGUCUUGGUGCACUCCUAGCAUCUACGUUAUCAUUAGAUUUUGCUCUUGGUAAUGAACACUUGUGGGGGAUCUUACUGGCCGCUCCAGCAGCUUUUGCAUUUAUACAACUUUUUGCUUCUUGGUUUAUUCCUGAUACGCCAAAUCAUCUGUUACUGCUUGAUAAAGAAGAUGAUGCGAUUGGUUCACUCAGAUUCUAUUAUGGCAUUAACGAGCUGGAUAAGGCAGAAGCAAUAGAGCAAUAUCAAAAUUUAGUUCAACGGAUUCCACCUCAGCUUUCAGCACGGAAUGCAUUUUACAGUCCAUCGUUGCGAAAAGAAAUUGCGCUUGGUGCUGUUGUCAGUGCUUCCCAGAUCUUCUGCGGUAGCGUUGUCGCUGCUAGUUAUUCGACAAGCAUGUUUUACUUGGCAUCUUUUACUGGCCCGUUAAUUCCACUCGUUCCGGCGUUUGCAGCUCUGUUUAGUGCUUUGCUGUCUUUACCAGCUUUAUUUGUCGUUGAAUACUAUGGAAGAAGAACUUUGCUUUUGGUUACUCUGGGCGUUUGCACUAUUUGUGAUUACCUUUUCACAUGCUCUUCACUGUUUUCGGAAAAAAAUAUUUUUUGGUCAACAGCUUUUGCAUUAGCAUUCUUCUUGUUUGGAAUCGCUUACAACAUCGGUGUAGGCCCAAUAGCUUAUUUUAUCCCAGCAGAACUGGUACCACCGGCUGGUGCUUCUGUAGCACUUAGUGUUUCCGUAGCUGUUAACUGGUUCUGCUCUUUGGCGACAACCUUUCUUUAUUACCCAAUAGAUGUCGCAGUAGGGGGAUGGUCGUACUUAUUAUUUGCGAUUCCAAGGUUAAUUUUAAACAUAGUCCUAUUUGAUUUCUGUUUUAAGUGUCAUAUUUGCUAUCGUCUUACUGUUUAA